AUGUUCACUAAGAAGCGUUUAUUAAAAUUAAACGAACCAAUGGAAAUAGUUCCGCCUCCAACGCAAAAAUUUACUAUCGAUCAGUGGCGUCUUGACAAUCAAGCUCGGUUCCGCAAAUGCAACAUUCAUUGCCAGUUGGUUGAAAGUUUGAUCGCUGAAUCGGAACGCAUAUGUGAUUCGACAUUGGAAUUAACUAAGACUAAUAAAACAGCCACUGAUUAUGAGCUGAAAGAAAAAUUAACGGAUGUUAAAUUUGUUAAAGAUGAAAUUUUGCGGCACCGUAAGGAUGUUAUUUUGGAAAUUGAUGCGCUGAAAACUUACAAGGCGAGAUUGAUUGAUGGAUUGUCCUCGAUUCAAGAAAACGCUGCUGAUAUUUGCAAAAAAUGUCUUAUUGCUCGAGAACAUCGCUUGGGUAUCGACUUGACUGUUGACGAUGUAGAGAAAGAGUUGAAGAAAGAACUGGAAGUGAUAAGCCGGGCAGACAGUAUUUUUACUCGAACAUUGGAGCAUACAAACGAACAAAUUCGGAUUUUGAAAUCUUUGUUGUACUACCUUGAUGGAGAUCUCGAGAACAAGGACCGCAGCAUUCAGUUGGACCAGAGGAACCUUAGUUUGAAGGAGACUAGCUUGAAUCUCAAAUGGGACUUACAUACAGAUGAAAUUGUUAUGUCGACAAUGAAGCAGAUGAAUAGCACCCGAGUCCUCCGUUGUUACAUAGAUAAUAUUUUAAAAGAAAUAAACAUAACACGUCUGGAAAAAAAUAUUGCUGAAAAAGAAGGAUUUCUCGCGUUAGCUCACACGCGUUUAGGAAAUCGUUGUCAUCGGCCAAACUUGGAAUUAACUCGCGAUCAAGUUGAGCAGAAACUUGUCCAAGAAGUAUAUGAUAUUCGUCAAACGGUUGCGAAACUCCAGCAAACAUUGAACGAGGCUCAUGCGACUUUACGGUACUUGCUAAGUAUGCAAAUACAAUUAGAGGAAGAUAUUAAUAUCAAAACAAAUACUUUAAAAAUUGAUGAGAUAGAAUGCAUGACUCUACGACAAAGUUUGAAUUAUCAUGCUUAUUAA